CGUCACGUCGUUCCGCCGGCCGCUCAUUGGUGCAGAUCGGACAAAUCCCCCACCCCUCGGCCGGCAAGGGCACUGCCGAGACCAACCCGGUUACUCCGCCUUCCCGGCCGCGGAUUGGCCCGUGACGGGACCUGUUGGUCGCGGUGGUGUCUGGGAAGGAGAGAAAAUGGCGGCGGAGCCGAGCAAGACGGAAAUCCAGACUCUUUUUAAGAGGCUUCGCGCAAUUCCGACGAACAAGGCCUGCUUCGACUGUGGCGCCAAGAAUCCGAGCUGGGCCAGCAUCCCAUACGGCGUUUUCUUGUGCAUUGACUGCUCGGGGGUGCACCGCUCCCUGGGCGUCCAUCUCAGCUUCGUCAGGUCCACAGAGUUGGAUUCCAACUGGAGCUGGUUCCAGCUAAGGUGUAUGCAGGUCGGCGGGAAUGCCAAUGCGACAGCUUUCUUCCGCCAACAUGGAUGCACAGCCAGUGAUGCCAACACCAAAUAUAAUAGCCGAGCUGCCCAGAUGUAUCGGGAAAAGAUCCGACAGCUGGGGAGUGCGGCCCUGGCUAGGCAUGGCACUGAUCUUUGGAUAGACAAUAUGAGUAGUGCUUCCAGUCACUCCCCGGAGAAGAAGGACUCUGAUUUCUUCACAGAACACACUCAACCCCCUGCCUGGAAUGCACCAGCCACUGACCCAGCAGAGACCCAGCAGCCAGCCCCAUCAGAGAGCAGUGGCCUGGCACAGCCGGAGCAUGGCCCCAACACAGACCUGCUUGGCACCUCACCCAAAGCCUCUCUGGAGUCCAUGUGUCUGUCACCUAAAGGGGCCCUUCCUGCCAGAGAAUUGAAAACCUCCCUCAUUGGCAAGAAGAAGCCAGCAGCAGCCAAGAAAGGGCUGGGUGCCAAGAAAGGCCUAGGGGCCCAGAAGGUGAGCAGCCAGAGCUUCAGUGAGAUUGAGCGACAGGCCCAGGUGGCAGAGAAGCUCCGUGAGCAGCAGGUGGCUGAUGCCAAGAAGCAGGCCGAGGAGUCCAUGGUUGCCUCCAUGCGUCUAGCCUACCAGGAGCUCCAAAUUGACCGUAAGAAGGAGGAGAAGAAGCUACAGAAUCUGGAAGGGAAGAAGCGAGAACAGGCAGAGAGGUUGGGCAUGGGCUUGGUAUCCCGAAGCUCCGUCUCCCACUCAGUGCUGUCUGAGAUGCAGGUGAUCGAGCAGGAAACCCCAGUGAGUGCAAAAUCUUCCCGCUCGCAGCUGGACUUAUUUGAUGAUGUUGGUACUUUCGCCUCUGGACCCCCAAAGUACAAGGACAACCCCUUUUCCUUGGGGGAAAGUUUUGGUUCCCGCUGGGAUACAGAUGCCUCCUGGGGUAUGGACAGGAUGGAGGAGAAGGAGCCAGAAGUGACCAUCUCAAGCAUCCGGCCUAUCUCAGAAAGAGUCACAAACCGGAGGGAAGUAGAAAGCCGGAGCUCAGGCCUCGAGUCCAGUGAAGCACGUCAGAAAUUUGCAGGAGCCAAAGCCAUCUCGUCUGACAUGUUCUUUGGGCGGGAGGUGGAUGCUGAGUAUGAAGCCAGGUCUCGGUUACAGCAGCUCUCAGGCAGUAGCGCCAUCAGCUCUUCAGACCUCUUUGGGGACGUGGACGGAGCUCAUGGAGCAGGUGGCGUGUCUCUGGGGAAUGUGCUCCCCACAGCUGACAUCGCCCAGUUUAAGCAGGGUGUCAAGUCUGUGGCUGGGAAGAUGGCUGUGCUAGCCAAUGGUGUGAUGAAUUCUUUGCAGGAUCGCUAUGGUUCCUACUGAUCCAUGCUUCAUGGCUCAGGCACAUGGUGGUGAUGGCAGCAAAACCCCCAUGAUUCCCAGCGCAGGGAUGCUUGCCUUGUGGAAGCUGGGGAGGAACUGAUACUCUGUAUGUGUGGUGUGGGAGCGGGGUGGCCUUUGAGGAUCUAGGGUGAGGGGAUGGGCAGUGCUAGCCCUUGACCUCUGCCUGCAGAUGGAGCUCUUCAUCCCCCGCCCCCCACCCCUCUGUGUGCUAGGUUAUUGUCCUUCCAAUUCUGCCCCUAAAGCUGCUGCUCACUUGUCCUGCCGCACUGGGAGGGGGGGUGUUCCCUCAGGAUGGCUUAUUCUGGGUCCAGCCCUUCCCCAAGUAGGGAGAGGGAAAAGUGUAGGGCUAUUCUGCCGGCUCUAGGAUCCUUCCAGGUCAUCUGGGGGUUUGGCCCCCAUCCUCUGGCACCAGUGGGGAGGUCUAGAAAGAGUUCUGCUGUAGACCAGCCCCCAGGGGAGGGAGGCUCUGGACUGGCUGCUGCUGUUGCUGCUCCAGUGGCCUCUUCUGGGCACCAGGAGAGGGCAGGAAAGGGGAAGGACCUUCAUCUGGGCCCUAUUUAGUAAGGGCUAGAAAUUUGACAUGGUACCUAAAGGUUUCAUUUGGGAUCAGACUGGAGGCCCGAGUGAUCUUCUGUCUCAUCACCCCUUUUUACAGUGAUCACUUGGAGGAUUACUUCUCCUCCUGGGUGUCUCGGAGUCCUUCUGUACCAUCCAUUGUGGACCACAGGACCCUCUGUCCCUUCCUGAGACUCUGUCCCUUCUUCCCCUGCUUGGUGGGUCUCAUCUGCCCUGUGCCCUGCUCCGGAUGCUGUGAGUGUAAUGCUGGCCAAGGAAGCAGAGGACAUGAGGGACAGAAGCAGGCUCCUGGGGCUCAACUUUCUUCCUCUGCAUCAUGCUGGGCUUAGAGGGGCCUGGACAGCACCCCACCAGUGAGAGCUUCAGGCGCCUACAGAGCUGCAGGCCUGCCCCUGGCCACUGGGCCAGGCACUGUGUCAUCCUUGGUGCCAUCUCUCCCUGCCGUGCUGGCAGUCUGGGCUCACCCCACCCCCUGUGGGUUGAGGGUUGGGCUCCCAAGCAACAAACCACUCUUCCCCCAACCCCCUCCCCCAAAGGGAUGUGACUUUCUUUCUGGACUGUUUGUAUUGAAACAAAGUGGUGUCAAAUAAAUCCCCAAUGGGGCCCCAGGCCCCUCUUGGUCUGA